AUGGAAGGGAGUUCCUACCAGCGGUUUCCAAAGGUAAAAAUCCGAGAACUCCGAGAUGAUUACGCCAAAUUCGAGCUCCGUGACACGGACGCCAGCAUGGCCAACGCCCUCCGCCGCGUCAUGAUCGCCGAGGUGCCCACCAUCGCCAUUGACCUGGUUGAAAUUGAAGUGAACUCCUCUGUUCUUAAUGACGAGUUCAUCGCCCAUCGCCUCGGUCUUAUUCCUCUCACCAGCGAGCGUGCCAUGUCCAUGCGCUUCUCUCGCGACUGCGAUGCUUGCGAUGGUGAUGGCCAAUGCGAGUUUUGCUCUGUCGAGUUUCACCUUCGCGCCAAGUGCCACAACGACCAAACCCUAGACGUCACCAGCAAGGAUCUCUAUAGUUCUGAUCACACUGUUGUCCCCGUUGAUUUCUCUGAUUCUGCUGCAGCUACUGGUGAAGCGCUGGAUUCCAAAGGAAUAAUCAUUGUGAAGCUACGUCGUGGUCAAGAGUUGCGGCUGCGAGCCAUAGCUAGGAAGGGGAUUGGUAAAGAUCAUGCAAAAUGGUCGCCUGCAGCAACUGUGACAUUCAUGUAUGAGCCGAGCAUUCAUAUCAAUGAGGACCUAAUGGACACAUUAACUCCAGAGGAAAAGAGAACUUGGGUUGAAAGUUGCCCAACCAGAGUAUUUGAAUUUGAUUCUGUUACUCAUCAGGUUACGGUGGUUGAUCCUGAGGCAUACACUUACGAUGAUGAGGUGAUUAAGAAAGCAGAAGCUAUGGGUAAAGCUGGACUAGUGGAUAUUACUGCAAAAGAAGAUAGUUUUAUCUUCACAGUUGAAUCUACUGGUGCAAUCAAAGCUUCCCAGUUGAUACUCAAUGCCAUAGAUAUCCUGAAACAGAAGCUGGAUGCAGUCCGCCUUUCAGAUGAUACUGUAGAAGCAGAUGAUCAGUUUGGUGAGUUAGGUGCACAUAUGCGAGGUGGAUGAUCCAAAUGCGUAUCCAUAUGUUUCUAGGAGGUGAGGACUGACUUGAAUUUUGUUUUCGUGGACCAUCCCAUUUUCUGUAUGAAUGUACCUGGUUUAGUGCAAUCUUUUUUCACAUAUUUUAUGCAUUCCUAGCUUCUGGAAAUGAUUAAAAUGUAGUGUCUUUGGCAUUGUUUGACACGGAUUCGUAGUUAAUUUAGCUUCUUUCUACUAUCUUCAA